GAUAUUUGUUUUCAACACGGGGUUUAGCACUGGGGAUCACAGAAUGAUGUUUGACACUGGUGCUGGCGGAAUCAGUCUGCCGGGAGAUAUUCACAUGGCUAUGAACGAAAUUCUUGGAGUAAAAAAACAGCUGAGCCGCGCAUAUGUGUUUGAUUGUGAAAAGUUGCCUUCCCUGCCUCCCGUCGAAUUCCGGAUACAAGGAAAAUCAUUUAAAAUUAUGCCAAAGCAAUACACAAAACAGACGAUCAUCGGUGGAGUUGCGACGUGCACUACUCAUUUUUACAACAUAACCGCUAACAGCCUUGUGGGUAUUGUGCUGGGAAUGUCAUUUCUACAUUCAUUCCAACUAAUAUUCGACGACCAAAUGAGUAGAGUUGGCUUUGCUGCCCGCGCAGGAAGGUCUUCCAUUUCUUA